GCUGGUUUCGCGUGUACCUCCACGCGCAUUCCAUUUUAUUUGAUAUCUCCACUAGUAUAUUGUGUCUUGUGUAUAUUGACUCAUGUUGUCUUUGUCAAUCUCACAAACGAGAGAAAGGGGCAACAGGUGAUGUGCUUCUGUGUGUCUCUCUACUUAUCAACUUUUUUAAAUUCUCUUUCACGUUUUACCUUAUUUUCUUUAUGUGAUAAAGAACAACUACUACUACUACCAAGUGUGCAGUGUAGUCUUUUGUUGGUUCUCUUUAUUUUUGUUUUUCGAGCCGGAAAUUUAAACUUCCUGUCGAUUGUAACGGACUGAAACCGUGACGAAUUUUUGUUUUACUUAUAAUUUUCGUACCAUAAACAUAUUUAAUAAUAAUCUUUACGUAUGUCAAUAAAGUGCGUUUAUUUGUGUGUCUCAAGAAAUGUCUGAUAACAAACAAAGAGCGAAUCAAAAUUACAAUAUUGGACUUUUAUAAAAACUCAAAAAUUCAAAGGAAUGAAGUUGGAGAAUUGGAUUGCCGAGUAGAGUGGGAUGAUAAACUUCACUUAUAAUACAAAUAGUAGUUAGGAAGCGGUGACUAACAUGCGAACUGGAUGAUGUCACUUCUCAGUGGGGACUGUGUGUCUCAUAAUCAGAAGAAGAGAGAAUCAACGAGCAGUAAUGCGUCCAGCUACUUACUCUUACUUAAUUCACUGGCCAACGAUUUGGACUGUAUGUUGAAUGAGUUGUGUAGUCCAGCCGAUGAUUAUCAGAGGAGUGACGUCUUCCUGGAACCAUAUCUCCAGCAGCAUGGAACUGUUAGUGAAGUUGAUGGUUCACCGGACACACCUCCCCCGAACCCACUCAUGCAGCAUCAGCUUGCUCACUUACAUCAUGUCCAGAGCUCGGAAUCGCUUUCAUCAGAAGGAGAAUCCUCGGCUCAUGGUACAUCGGCUGCAGAAUCUUCAGCGUCACAUUCAGAUUCGGGGAGUGAAGUUGCUUGUGACAUUACCCUUAUAGAACGACUCAUACGUUCCCAUCCGAUAUGGUUCCUUCCGGGUAUACAAAGAGCUGGCGCCUUUCAUCUCUUGCAAGGCAAAGAAGAAGGGAAUUUUGUGGUACGACAGUCGAGUCAAAGUGAUACAAUGGCAUUGUCAGUGAGAUUGCCCGCAGGAAAAGGGCCGUACAUUGAGCACUAUCUAAUUCAAGCAAAUAAGGGUAAACUGAGCUUAGAAACUAGCGACAAUCGAUUUGACAACAUUCCCUCACUUAUAGCUCACUAUUCUCAGUGUUGCAGCGACGAGUUACCUGUCCAAUUAACGUUACCACGAGCAAUGCGUGAAGCGAAAAAUAGACAGCAGCUUUCCUCACUUGCUCUUUUGGGUCAGGAAUUUUGGAGAUACCCGAUGGCAAAUCCAAAACCACCAGAAAGUGGUGGCAGUAGUAGUAAUGCAUCAAGUUUAGGUAGCUUUAAUACUGGAAAUGAUCCAAUAGCACACGAUGACAAUAACAUAAUAUCAUCUAGAGACAAGAGUAUAAUUCUUAAUUUAAUUCCAAUCACAUCACAAGAUUCAUCUCACUCAAUAAAGUCCGUAACUACUAGUACAUUUGUUACAUCACAACAGCCAAGACUGCCACGACCUACUCCGCCAAAUACUCUUAAUUUAAAAAGAUUUAACGAACCUCUUGAUGAAAAGAACGAGCGGAUUGAAAAUGUUAUCUUGCCAUGUGAAAAACCCAGUCAAAAAUUAGUCUCACCAAAUCUCGUUCAAAGUAUUCGUUGUCGUUCACCUGUUGUUCAUAAUGUCGAGAGUAAUGUACUUAUACCCACCGAAUCUAAACUAAAUAAUGAGUCACAAAAUUUUAUUAAAAAUAUAAGUAGUAAUUCCCCAAAUUUAACAAAUGCUAAUUCACCAAACAGUCAGUCAGGAGAUACUACACGAAAUAUUGUAUUCGAAAGCCAAGAAAGUGCUGAUGUUAUACAAAUAAGUAAUAUUAAAACACCACCUACACCACCGCCACGUUGGGCUAAACCAGGAGCAAGUCAGUGUCAAAAUAGCAACGUCACUGUCACAACUACAACUACUGUUAUUUCAUUGAAUGUUAAUCAAAUCGGUAACGGUACUAGUGAUUCAUUUCAACAAGUCGUCACAUCAUCGGAUAAAAGCGUGACAAUGUUGAGCCCACAAAGUAUAACAUCAAAUAAAUCAUUCUCAUCAAAUUUUACAAGCAGAUCAACUUUAUCACCCAGUACACCAACGUUAUUAUCACCUUCAUCAAAACUAGUCUCAACUGGAAGAAAAACGCCGAAUCUCUUGUCGCCAACGACCCCAUCGAGCACAAAUAAAUCACGUCGACGUCGUGAUCGCGAAGCGAGGAAAAAUUCUCAGCAUUACCAAGAAUCAGACAUACUUGAAUCUUACUGCCGCAGUUCGCCGGCUGACAAAAUUUCCGACUACGAAGACAUUUGGAACACAACUGACAGAUCUAAUUCUAGUUGGUCGCCGCAUGAUCGUAGUGAAAAUACUCUCAGUCCAAGUCAGCCGAGUGAAAAUUUAAUAAAAGAUCCAUUUGCUGGUACUGAUCGUGUAAUGCUGCUGCGCAAUGACAGAUCAUCACGAUCACGUGAAAAAUUAAGUUACAUGGAAAUAGCAAGUCCAGAAUUCAGUAGUUUUAAACCAAUUGCCGAGUCUUGCUCAAAGAGUCCAAGAGGUUCAACUUCGCCUGAAGAUAUUGGUGGAAUACCAAAACGUCCAGAUCUACUGUCGAGAGUUUGUAGCGCAAAUUCUUUAAAUAGUCCAAACGUCACUGCCAUAACUCCCGUUAAAAAUAAACUAGCUUUGAUGUUCACUAAGUCUGAGAGUAAUAGCCCAAUGACUCCUGAAUCUAAACAGAGCAGUCCAUUUUAUGCUGAACCUGCUGACGCUAUACAACAAAUUCAACCACUUGUACCUCGGAGAAAAAAUCGUAAUAACAGUGGAAUAACGAGUAAAUAUCGUCACAGUGAACCUGGUUGGUUUCAAAUGCCGGGUGGUAAUAAUCCUCAUCAAAUGCAUCCUAUUGAUUGGACUGAAUCUGAAGAAAUAGAAGAUAAAAUACCACUUAUAUCGUCUUCCGUAGAUAAUCUCACUUCAAAUCGUCUUGGUGGUAAAGAAAAUAAAAAAAUAUACCCACGUGCUAAACCAGUUCAGCCACCUAAAGUUAAACCUAAAAUAUCAAAUGAUACUUCCUGGACAGUCGACUCAAGCUGGGAAUUUAUUGGAAAUGAAGGAGAUGAUACAGGCGGUAGUGAAGCUGAGCGCAGAGGAGGAGAGAAUGAAAAUGAAGAUGACAAGAAGGAUAAAUAUAGUAGUGAAAGUGACCGUAGUCAGGGUAAACACAAAAGCCCAAAGCUAAAUGGUAAUGGUAACAGACACGGAAGUGAUAAUAAGAGUGAUGUUAUUAAGACGGAAAAUGAAACUGACUUUGAGGAUAGUCCUGAAUUUAUGAGUGAUAUUUUAUUACGACAAUUUCCACGUGAUAGCUAUAACAAAGAUGAUGGAACUAAUUCUCUUACGGUUCAGAGUAUCAUUUUUCAACGGUACCCAGAGUUAAUAAAAACAACAAAUGCAAUAGAUACAUUACAGAGUAAUUAUAAUAACUCGACCCUUAGUAAUAUUGAACAAAGAAAAAUCCGAGAAACAACACCGUCAGAUUGGGAGGCUGAUCGUACGUAUGAACCAUCUGAAUGGGAAACUAAUGUUGAUACAGAUGACAGUGAUCAUGAGAGACUAAAACGAAAAGCUAGUUUCAAAGAACGAUUGGAUCCUCUUCUGUCUCCCCCACGACUUCAAGCCUUGAAAAAUCGUGAUGCUAGCGGAACUGGAUCAAGUAUAAGGGCUUACGCAUUACUAUUAGCGGCUGAUAAAACGACUGUAUUUUCACAAAAUAUUGAUAAUUUUAUUCAAUGUACAAUGGAAGGUAAAGAAGCAAGUCCUCAUGUUGUAAUGAGAAAUAUCCGACAGUUUAUGUCGGGAAUGAAAAAUUAUUUAGUCAAACACGGCGAGCGUGAAUUUGAAAAAGAAGUUGAAAAAGAACGUCUUAAAUUAAAGGCCAAUGAGUUUCUUAAUUUAGAUGCAAUACUUGAGGGCGUAAUGAUGAGGCUUGUUGUACGCCCAUUACGUGAACAUGUAUACAAACUAUUUGUUGAACAUUACGGUGCAACUGGGUCACUUAAUACCCUUGCUGACAGUAUUCAAUAUGCUCAUGGUAAACAUAUACAAGAAUUAGGUGUACGAGCGACUAUAAUACCGCCGUCAGAUAAUAAUUUGAAUCUGAUAUUAAAAUACAUUGAGCGUUUGCAAAAAUCAGAUUCACCGUUGGACAAAUUGGAGAAUUUAUUGUCUGCCAUAUCGACUAUUUUUAAUUCUGUUAAACAUUCUAAUUGCGAUAAACACGUAACUCUGGGCGCUGAUGAUUUAUUGCCGCUACUUGUGUGGGUUCUGGUACGUGGUAAAGUGGUCGAUGCUGAAAUAGAAGCUGAAUUUAUGUGGGGUCUACUUCAUCCGUCUCUUCUUACUGGUGAGGGUGGAUAUUAUUUAACUACGCUAUCAAGUGCCGUUCAUGUAUUAAAAACAUUCAAGACUAGUCAGGGAACUAUGUCAACUACAAAUGGUUGUGGAACUCCUGAAUGUUGUUCUUCAGUACUUCGGGUACUUGUACCAGACGAAAUUCAUGGAUCGUUAAAUACUAGAACACUUCCCGUCAGACCAAACAUGAACACCCGUGAGAUUUGCCGUAUACUUGCACAUAAAACACGAUGCACGAAUCCACAAGACUAUGGUUUAUAUAAACUAGUACAAGGCGAAGAAACAUUAUUGGGAGAUCAAGAGUGCCCUCAAGAGCUAUCACACUGCCUUUUUGCUUUUAAAAGAAUUGACGCUAAAAUAGCUUGGCCAAAAACGACAUCUUAAAUAAAUUAAUUAAUAAGACAUGAGUGGUAUUUAAUACCAAGUGCUCAAAUGCAUAUUUUAAAAGUAAAAAAAAGUAAAAUAAGCAAUUUAUCGCAUGAAAUUAUAAAUAAUUUCAUCAAGACUUUGGAGAGACCAAAAUUUUUUUAACUUUUCACACAGAAUAUUUGAUAAUGAUAUAAUCGAUUUAUACAUAUAUAUAUUGUAUCUAAAAAAAAAUAAUUGUUAUAAACAAUUAUUUGAAUGCAGAGCAUGCAGUAUACUCGAUCUUUAACAAAAAAAAUUAUUUUAUGGCUGUUUUUUUAUCCCAUUCAGAUCAAAUGACUGCGAUAUUUUUAAGUUUUAAAUAUAAAAUUUAAUUAUCACUAAAAAUUAACCCAUAAAUACGUAAAAUUUUCUAUUUUAACAUCCAUUUAUAUUUUUAAUUAUGUAUUAUUUUGAUUAAUUAUAAAAUUAUUUAUUUAACGUGUCAAAAUAACAUUAAAAGCAAUUAAACUUUUAAUCAAACGUAAUAAUUACAAUAUUAACAUUAAAUUUUUUAAAUUACAUACGAUCUAUUUUUAAUUAUUUUAUAUAAAU